AUGAUGAACCAUGCCAUAUAUGCCGAUGCCGUUCCACAUGCCGACCCGGCAGCUAUAGCGGCCAACAAGUGCUUCGCGAAAGAUGCAGCCUCGAAUGAGCCCCUUCACCGAUUGAGCAUAUCCCAUGGUACACUAGAACCCUACGCGAACAUAGACGAUGCAAUCCUGAGGGCCAAUGGCCAUGAUCAAGUUUUGAAGCGCCAAUUCAGCUGGGUUUCAGCUUUAGGCCUCUCUUUUUCUAUCACCAACUCUUGGAUCGGUUAUCUUUUUCCAUUGAAGAGCAAUUUCGGUCAGAAUCUUAUCUAUGGUGGUCCGCAGUCGUGUAUAUUUGGGCUCCUCGUCGCAUUUGCCGCUCAGCUUGUCAUAACUCUUGGUCUGGGUGAGAUAGCGUCUGCUUUCCCGUCCACCGGUGGCCAGUAUCACUUCUGCUACAUCUUAUCAUCUCCAAAUACAAGACGAUUCGCCGGGUACCUGAUAGGUUGGAUGUCGAUGCUGGCUUGGUGGAUCGUCACUGUCUUGAGAUGUUCGGGAAUAUCCUUAUUCUCCAUGACCUUAGCUGGUAUGAUCCAAUUUUGGCAUCCCGGUUUUGAAGGAACACAAUGGCAGAUCUAUUUAAUCUAUGUGGGGACUGCCACCGUCACAGUACUUCCUGUGAUUUCUGCCUCUCAAAAGAUCACCUUCAUAGUUCAGCUUUCGUUGUACAGUUCAGUUUUGGGCUUUCUGGUGCUCUUAUUUGUAGCCAUCGCUUUGCAUAAACAGAGCCAACCUGCAUCUUUCCUGACCCAAUCGGGUCUAGGAUCAAGGAGAUGGCCUGCAGGGAUAGCGUGGACCUUGGGUAUCGCGAAUGCAAUGUACGCCUUUGGGGGGACGGACGAUGUUAUUCACAUUAGCGAGGAAAUGCCGCAUCCCGGUCGCCGAGUCCCACAGGUCAUGAUGCUGACAAUGAUCAUCGGUCUGGCCACAGCCUUCCCUCUGUUCUUGUCUCUCAUGUUCUACAUGAAAGACUUUGCGGCGGUUAUUUCAUCUCGUUUGCCUAGCUUGGAACUGAUAAACCAGGUUGUCAGGACCGGCAACGACAAGGUCACUUUGCCUCUAUUCGCUUAUAUCCUCUUCGUUUAUCUAGUUUGUCUUCCAUCACAAUGGGUCACCAGUGGUCGUCUAGCCUGGGCAUUUGCUCGCGAUAGAGGAGUACCCUUCUCGAGCUACUUCGCAAAUGUUGAUAGCAAACGACACCUGCCCAUUCGAACUACCGUCGCUUCCUACGUAUUCGCCUGUCUCUACGGUCUUUUGUACUUGGUAUCAACCUCUGCCUUUAAUUCAAUAGUGACCUCAGCAGUCCUUUUCUUGAACAUCACUUAUGCAGCUCCACAAGCCAUCCUCCUCUUUCGGGGCCGACAAAGAUGCUUGCCUCGUCGGUACUUUAACCUUGGUUGGGCUGGAUAUGUUUGUAACAUAUUAUCCAUCUUGUGGAUAUUGGUAUUGUUGGUCUUUAUAUGUAUGCCACCCAGCCUCCCUGCGACACCUGCCAGCAUGAAUUAUACUGCCGUAGUUUUGGUUGGGCUUUUAUUCGUUGUCGUUUCCUUGUGGUACAUGGACAGGAACAAAACCUUUCAGGGGCCUGAGAUCGAUUGGGACAUGAUCAGAUCAUUGAACUCAUCUAGGGCUGGGGCCGCAAACGACGCGAGGUGA